AUGAAUACUAAUUUGAGUUCCUACUUUAUCUUUAUAGCAGUGUUUGGGCUUCUAGGAGUUUGUCAUGGACAGUUGAGAAUGCAUUUUUAUGAGGAGAGCUGUCCCCAUGCUGAGGAAAUUGUGAAGGAAAUCAUAUGGAACCGUGUGGCAAGCAAUUCAACUUUGCCUGCCAAGUUUCUGAGGAUGCAUUUUCAUGAUUGUUUCGUCAGGGGUUGUGAUGGUUCUAUACUGAUAGACUCUACCCAAAAUAACUUGGCUGAGAAGGCAGCAGUUCCAAACCUAUCUUUGGCAGGAUUUGACAUAAUAGAUGAGGUGAAGACUGAGCUAGAGAACACUUGUCCUGGAGUAGUUUCUUGUGCAGAUAUCGUUGCUUUGGCUGCUAGAGACUCCGUUUCCUACCAAUUUCAAAGACCAAUUUGGGAUGUACUUACCGGUAGAAGGGAUGGAAUCAUAUCACGCCAGUCAGAGGCUCUUGCCAACAUCCCAUCACCAUUCUUCAAUUUCACCACCUUGAAACAAUCUUUUGCUAACAAAAGCCUCACAGUUCAUGAUCUUGUUGUUUUAUCAGGUGGACAUACAAUUGGUGUUGGGCAUUGCAAUUUCUUCAGCGAAAGGCUAUACAAUUUCACAGGAAAAAAUGAUGAAAAUGAUGAAGAUCCUUCUCUAAACUCAACUUAUGAUGCUUUCUUGAAAACCCAAUGCAAAAGCCUCUCAAACAAUGUAACUACUGUGCCAAUGGAUCCUGGAAGCCCCCUAUCCUUUGACAACAAUUAUUUCAAUAUCUUGAAGCAAAACGAAGGUCUUUUCCAAUCUGAUGCUGCACUUUUAACUGACAGUGAAGCUACCUACAAUGUCAAUGAGCUGCUUAACUCUCAGAAUUUUUUCACGGAGUUUGCUCAAUCAAUUAUGAAGAUGGGAGCCAUUCAAGUGCUUACAGGAAGUUCGGGAGAGAUUAGGAAGAACUGUAGUGUGGUGAAUCCUUGA